AUGUGCAGCAGCAGCGAUCACGAUUUGUGGGCUUCUUAUGGACAAGCUUACAGUAACUUCAUCGCUUACUGUGGUCUCCAGUCGUUCGGUGAUGCCAAGGCUAGUACUGCCUGUAUUGAGAAGUCCGGGUUGUCCGAUUCCUGUUCUAACUGCUUCGGUCAGUCGAUUCAGUGUGGUCGUGACGUGUGUAUGAUGAGCUGCAUUUCUGGCCCUGCUACUAAGAAGUGCUUGAACUGUAUCGCGAAGACCAAGUGCAACCCUGAUCUGUACAAGUGCACAGGUUAUACAGUCAAUGAGAUGCCGCCUAACCCAACUGGUACCAGUCCUUUGCCCACCACUACCAUUGCUCCUGUCACUACCACCGUCGCCCCCACUACUGAGUCGACUGUCACUACCACCGUCGCCCCCACUACUGAGUCGACUGUCACUACCACCGUCGCCCCCACUACUGAGUCGACUGUCACUACCACCGUCGCCCCCACUACUGAGUCGACUGUCACUACCACUGUCGCCCCCACUACUGAGUCGACUGUCACUACCACUGUCGCCCCCACUACUGAGUCGACUGUCACUACCACCGUCGCCCCCACUACUGAGUCGACUGUCACUACCACCGUCGCCCCCACUACUGAGUCGACUGUCACUACCACCGUCGCCCCCACUACUGAGUCGACUGUCACUACCACCGUCGCCCCCACUACUGAGUCGACUGUCACUACCACCGUCGCCCCCACUACGGAGUCAAUUGCCACUACCACUGUCGCCCCCACUACGGAGUCAAUUGCCACUACCACCGUCGCCCCCACUACUGAGUCGACUGCCACUACCAGUGUCGCUCCCACUACUGAGUCGACUGUCACUACCACUGUCGCUCCCACUACUGUCGGCCCGGUCGAAACCUCGACUACUGCUGCUCCUGCGCCAAAGCACAGCUGCGUUGAGGCCGACAAGAUCUGUGCGCAGUCCUAUGCGGGUUCGUACUGCAAGUAUUGGAUGGAUGAGCCUACUUGUUUCGGUAGCGAUAUCGCUUGCUCUUGUUCUGACGACACCGUUAGUACUACCACACACUCCAUUGCUCAAUGUGAUGCUGAGUGUGCUGCUGGAUUCCCGGGAUCUUAUUGCAAGUACUGGGAGGAGCCUUCGGUCUGCUUCGGUUCAAACAAGCCUUGCUCUUGCUAA